GUUGGCUAACCCACUAUGUGCAUAAACUGUCACUCAGGUGAAGCAAUACGUUAUUCCCAAGAAAAGUUACUAAAAGUCAAAAGUACGUUUUCCUUCCGUGAUAUUUUUUAUUUUACUGAACUAGUCGCAUGCUUUACUCUGAAACACUGUACUUGUACACACGUAUCUGUGUAUAUUUUAGGAUGGUAUCUUUAUACGGAGGCAAGUUACCCGCGAAAGCCAGGGGAUCGGGCACGUAUUCUCUCUCCGGUUUUCCAAGGCGACUCGUAUGCUCGAUGCCUCACGUUUUACUACCACAUGUAUGGUGAAGAUAUGGGAAUGCUACAGGUUCUCAUCCAACAAGACAAAAAUACCUCAGAACUGUGGCAGAGAGCAGGGAAUCUGGGAGAUCUGUGGCGGAAGAAGGCAAUACUGUUUCAACCAGAGCUAGAACCAUUCCAGAUAUUUGACAACCUUGUAUGUCAUUUCUAUAGAUCAUAUUCGAAGGUUGGGUUGGAAACGGUACCAGGAGCGACAUGGCUCUCGAUGACAUUAUUCUGACAAAGGGGGCGUGCAUCUUUUGAAAAAAACAAUUCUGGUACUUUGCAUUCCAACUCGAGCGAGAGACAGUAUUUAGUAAUCAUGAAUUAUAAAAUAUGAAAGGAAUGUUUUUGCUUCUACAGAAUGUUAAUGUCUUAUAUUGUUGAUGACUAAUCCUGUAAUAAACACAGGUGGUGGUUCUCUAUACGGAAUAUGUGUUUAUAAGUGCUUAAGCUCUAAUGCUGUAACAACAAGUGGUGGAUCGCGAUAAGGGAAUAUUUCUAUUGAUGUUUAAAACUUGUAAUCUUUAACAUAAGUAGCACGGUGUCAACGUUGGGAGAUAAUAAACUUUACGUUUUUUUAAA